CACACAGCGUUGCGCAUGCGCACCUCUGCAGCGAGCGUGUCUCCCCGACCAUAUGCGCAUGCGCGAAGUUCCUCCUGUGCAGUGCGCUCUGGUGAAGACAUGGCAGCCGUUACCCCACAGAAAAGGAGCCGUCAUUCUUCCAAUACAGAUGGUUCACCCUUAGCCUUUGAGAAUCCUUGGAAAAAAAUGAUGAUAGGCUCUGCUGAAGGUCUGUCUCCACUCAAGAAAUCAAGAAAUAAUUGGUUUGCUUCCCAAAUAAAAUGGUCAUCGAGCUCCAGCGAUGAGAUGAAAGAAAAUGAGGCCGUCCCGGUGAAGCCGGCGCUGUCGAGGAGGCUGGAUGUUUCACCCCUUCAGGCAGCCAGUGUUCCCACAGCUGCACAGAGGGAGUCCCUGAGGAAAUUAUCCCCAAAGGCCGCUUCCUCGUACAAGCCCCUUGUGCCUGUGAUGUCUUUUUAUAGCAAGGAAAAGCGAUACCUUACUCCUCUUGAGAGGAAGCAAUUGAACAAGAACUGCUCUUCGGGUGGGAGGAACAGGGAUGAAAAUCUCCCAGCUGCCAGCAGGACUGAGAAGAUGAACACGAACUUGAGCAGGAACGCAGAAAGCUCAAAGCCAGCCAAGCACACAGCCAGCUCCAAGCAUGGCAAAACUGCCCCCAAAAUGCCGAAGAAGGUGAAGGGAGAGCUCCCGGUGGGAAAACCCAGUGUGGAGAAAGAGAAUGUGAAUUGCCUCAUAAAAAAGAAGAUGGAUUCGCCUUUCCGAGUCCUGAGCAUGACAGUUAAACCAGCCCUGAAGCUCCAGUUGGGAGCGGCGUUCUUUUCUGCCAGGAAGAAAUCGCACUCUAAAAAACCAGUUGUAGACGCCAAGUCGCCCCAGGGACCCCCCAGAUCUCUGCAAGAGAACGAUCGCCCCGGACCCCUGACAACUACAAAGUCCAAUUCAGCUGAUAGAAAGAAAAUUCUUAAGGCAGGCGGUGUAUUGAGAAGUAUUCCUGUGCCUCAGAAGAAGGAAAAUGAAAACAGGGAGGGCUUUACUGACUGUGCAAAUCAAGAGACAGAUGUGGCGUGCGAAGGAAGAACAUCUCCGCAGAAAAGCGGAAGCGCCUCCGGUCCCUUUUGCACACCCUGGUCUGCAGCUGCUGGAGAGAACGAUGCGGAGAACGUGGAUGUUGAUGAAAUCGGUUCUACGACCUGCGAGUCAGAUGAUUGUGUUAUUCUUUCAAGCCAAUCCCCACGUGAGGUGGGUAAGCGAGUGUCUCCUGCAAAUGCCGUUGUCUACCCCAUAUUCAGCGCACCUCCCACCAGCAAGAAGAGGGCGCAGGCUGCGCUGGAUGAACUGACUUCUCCAUUUGGGUCCAGCCCACCUGCAAAAACAUCUCACACCUUGCAGAAAAGCAAGAAGGCGAAAGAGCUCUGCAAGCAUUCCAGCGAUCAGAUGAUCAUUGAUGCUGGUCAGAAGCAUUUUGGUGCCAUAGUUUGCAAGUCGUGCGGCAUGAUCUACACGGCCGCUAGCCCAGAGGAUGAAGCCCAGCACAUCCAGCACCACGAGAGAUUCCUCGAGGGACUGAGAUACCUGGGUUGGAAGAAAGAACGGGUUGUGGCCGAGUUCUGGGAUGGGAAAAUCGUAUUGAUUCUUCCAAAUGACCCAAAAUAUGCCGUCAAGAAGGCAGAUGAUGUGCGAGAAAUUGUAGAUAACGAAUUGGGAUUCAAGCAAGUUUCUUUGCGCUGCCCAGCCAAGACUAAAACAUACUUGUUUGUGUCCAACGAGAUGGUCGUUGGGUGCUUAGUGGCUGAAUCGAUCAAGCAGGCUUUCCGGGUGCUGUCGGAGCCGGAACCUGCGCUGUCCCCCGGCCGGGACGCGCUGCAGCACCACCGGGCUUGGCGCUGCUCCACCGAGCCGGAGCCUGCCGUCUGCGGCAUCAGCAGGAUCUGGGUGUUUGGCCUGAGGCGCAGGAAGGGCAUCGCCCGUCGCAUGGUGGACGUGGUCAGGAGCACCUUCAUGUACGGCUGCUACCUGAGCACCGAAGAAAUCGCCUUCUCCGACCCGACACCGGACGGCAAGCUCUUUGCGAUGAACUACUGCCAAAUCCCCAACUUCCUUGUUUACAAUUUUAUUUAUAACAACUGAGUUCAACUUAUUAGAAGCUGAGGUUUGUUUAAAUAAUCUAAAAGAAUUUUAUGUUUAAAUUAAUAAGCAUUUUUAACCUGGCUAAAAGCUGUUUUCCUGCUGAGCGCUGGUCCUUCCUCUCCCUGUGCGCGAGCUGGGGGAGAACGUGUCACUUUGUGUACAGAGUUGUAUUUUAGUGUGUGCCGUGAAACCUUGCUUGGAUUUCAGGUAGGUUUGUUUCUUCUGAAAUGAAAUUUUAUUGUGAGUAACUUAAUUUCUUUAAGAGGUUUAAUUAAUAUAAAGAUGGUUGUUUUCUCCCUGA